CUAGCCAACCACCAACAGCUAGAACAAACAUACGCGAUCGGUGGAAUGAUGAUCGCCGUAGGCUUUUUGUUGGCGUGCUUGGCGGCAGCUCUGCAGCCAACGUCGGCCGCCGAGGCCGGAAGGGGUGGGAUCUUGCAUAUCCCUUCCGCCGCCGACCUGGCUCGGGCUGGCUGCCCUUCCAGGUGCGGUGGUGUUGCCAUUUACUAUCCGUGGGGGAUAGGGCCGGGCUGCUUCAGGCCAGGCUUCGAGCUCACCUGCAACAACACCGCUAGUCAUAAGAGGCUCUUUCUGGCCAGCACUACCACUGAGGUUUUCGGCCUGGGGCCUGGAUCUACUUAUUUCCGAACCCCUGCUAUCCACUUCAACGUCACCAUGAAACCAGGUAUGAACGACACCUAUAACAUGUCAUGGGAGGCACCUGUUAAAGGUGUUAUGGCCUAUGGAGAAACUAGCUUGUUCGUUGUUGGUUGCGGUGUGGGUGUCUACUUGUUCGGUCAUGAUACCAACGAUCCCAUCGGUAGGUGCAUGAGUAUUUGCCUAGACGACAAGGUGGCCAUGGAAGAGGCGAAUGCAACCCACGACUACUUUGGUUAUAUUGGGAUGGGCUACUGUUCCAUUUAUUUGCAGCAGUACGUGUCAGCAUUUGGGUUCGUAGUUGACCGACUCAAUGGUGGCGUCUUAGCACGAUCAGGUCAAGAUGAAGGGCUCCCUACUAGUAUCAAAGUUUUCCUGGCGGGGUCUUACGAUUUUCAAAUGACCGACAUCUACUCAAGUCGGGUAGACAAUAGAAACAUUCAUGCGGCAUUUCUUGGAAUGACCAUCACGGAUCAACCAAGCUGUGAAAGUGCUCAGAAGAAAAAGUCAAGCUAUGCUUGCGGCGAUAACAGCGAUUGCGUGGACGUGUUAUCUGGAGGCUACUCCUGCAGCUGCCGCCCUGACACAAACGACAACAACCCGUACCUUAAGGAUGGUUGUCAACAAGAAAAUUACAAUCCCAAUCUCAAAGGAGGUUGCAAGAGGUUAUGCGGGAACACAAGCAUCCCCUUCCCUUUUGGCCUUGAAAAGGGUUGCUAUGCUACCGACAAGUUUCGACUUAACUGUACAUCAGAAAACAUCACAAUUUUUAAUCUAAGGGCCAAAUACAUUGUGGCCAACAUUUCAGUGAAUGAAGGAUAUCUUAGUGUUAGGGAAACGCAAAACAACUCAGGCUACAACGAUGAAGAGCUCACGGUACUAGUUUAUACAGGUGAGGGGGGAAUUGAAAUUGGAAGCAACUAUGAUGGUUUUUAUUUAUCAGAAGAAUAAAAUUUGAAGAUGUGGUGGUCUGUUGAUAAUUUAACCUGUCCAGUAGCUAUGAGUAAGCAAAGACGGGCUACAUAUGCAUGCCAUAGUGUCAAUAGCAAAUGCAUUCCGGUCACCCACGGCCAUAGGAAUGGGAUGACGCAGCUUGGCUAUCGUUGCCAGUGCUCUCACGGUUAUGAGGGAAAUCCAUACACGGUGGAUGGAUGCAUAGGUAAGCACACUAAAACUUCCAUUACAAAUUGCUAUCCAACCACAUGCAUGAUUAUCCCAGUACAUGAAUGUUGGAAAUAUGCCCUAGAGGCAAUAAUAAAAGUAUUAUUAUUA